GGGACGCACCACAGCAGCUCUCCGCGGACCACCGGCCCCGCCCCGCCCAUGGCCGCGCCGGGACCCCGCGCCUUACGGGUCGCGCUCUGUGGCGGCUGCUGCUGCCUUCUCCUGUGUGCCCAGCUCACUGUGGCUGGUAAAGGAGCUCGAGGCUUUGGGCGGGGAGCUCUGCUCCGCAUGAACAUCUGGCCAGCUGUCCGAGGGGCCUGCCAACAGCUCAAGCUCUGUGAGCAUUGUGUGGAGGGGCACAAAGCACACAAUCUCUCCGGCUGCGUGUGGGAGCAGUGCCGGCCUGAGGAGCCAGGACACUGUGUGGCCCAAGCUGAGGUGGCCAAGGAAGGUUGCUCUGUCUAUAACCACUCGGAGUCGUGUCCAGCUGCCCACCACUACCCCACCUAUGAACCAAAGACAGUCACGACAGGGAGCCCCCCAGUUCCCGAAGCCCACAGCCCUGGCUUUGACGGGGCCAGCUUCAUUGGGGGCGUCGUGUUGGUGCUGAGCCUGCAGGCAGCGGCCUUCUUUGUCUUACGCUUCCUCAAGGCCAAGGACAGCACCUACCAGACACUAAUCUGACCCCCUUCAGGCCUGGAUUCCACAGGAGAAGGAGGAUGAAGAGGGUGCCCUCUUGGCGCUCUUGUAGGCACUGGGGGUGGGAAAAACUUUGGCCACCCAUGUCUAGCCCCUGUGGGCUGUCAAGCAGGUUCAGUGCCUCCUGUCCCAGGCCUGGUGCCUGCAG